CAAGUUGUUCCUUAUAUGGAAUAUAAGAUCUCUUUAAUUUUCCUAUAAAUAUUACAGCUAAUAGUUAAAUCGACUUCUACAGUUUAAUCAAAAUGUGCGGUAAAGCAUUUAUUCAAGUCUGGUUGCUUGUACAAGUUUUCACAAACGCGCAAUUUUUACCUGAGGAUGAAGUUGUGUUUCCCAAACGCCAUCAUAAUUCACGUUUAAAAAAUGACCUAGGCACGUCAAAUCAGCAUGGAAUUCAUGAAGAUUAUGUCACCUAUGAAAUUAAAUCAAAAAGAGACCAUCAUUUUUUGGAUUUAAAAAAGGCCGAAAAAAUACACCCAGGAUUUAUUUGGGUUCGUUCUAUUAAAGAUAAUAAAGAAGUUACAAAAAAGCAUUAUCCAGAGCAUUGUUAUUAUGAAGGAAGCGUUCGAGGAAUAAAAGAUUCAUAUGCUUUUAUCAGUACAUGUAGUGGUGGAUUAUCAGGAACAAUUGAUGAUGGAAAAACUCGGUAUGACAUAUCACCUAAGUUUGAUGGAAAUGGACAUAAUUUUCGCAAUGUUAACCAUCUUGCAGAGAUGAUUUUUAAUGAACCAAUUAAAUCUUCUGUUAAUGACAUAAAUAAGCAAAAAUUAAAGAAUGAGAAGACAAAAAAAAAAAGUAUUAGACCCUUAGAUGAUACUGUUGAACUAUUCAAUUUUGAACCCCAAUAUGAAGAAUACAUUGCCAGAGAAAAAACAUUAUAUGUUAAAAUGUUUGUUAGUUGUGAUAAAAAAAUGCUACCAAAAUAUAAAAACAAUCAAUCUUUAAUGAUUGAGCGCAUCCUCAAUGUGUAUGCUCAAGUUGAUAAGUCUUAUCAAGCCAUCAAUGUGCGUCUAGUAGUUGUUGCCAUUGAUUUCCUAAAAACGAAUUUUGCUGCAGACAGUUCAUCAAAUCAUCUAGAGAAAUUUAAGAACUAUAUUAACAAUGAAAUUAAAAAAAAAUCUUCUUACGAAGAAAAAAUUGAUUUUGAUAGUGCUGGGCUUUUAAUUCAUGAAGGGUGGAAGGAUGCUCGUGGCUUGGCCUAUAUAGGAGGAAUAUGCACAUCUGAUUCAGUAUACUUUGCUCAAUGGUACUACGAAAGCAUAAGCGAAACUACUAUUGUAGUUGGUCAUGAAUUAGGACAUUCUAUGGGAUUUAAUCAUGAUAGAGAACAUAAAUACUGUGAAUGUUUAACACCACGAGGAUGUUUUAUGGGAAACAAAGACACCAGAACAAGUAGGCCUGGUUUCUCGACCUGUAAUAUGGAAGAGUAUGUGAACAUGGAUCUGAAAAAUGGUUAUAGUUGUCUUAAAGAUGCCCCUACUUAUUCAAUGACAAAAGUAUGUGGCAAUGGAAUUCGAGAAGAAGGUGAAGAAUGUGAUUGUGGAACAGUAGAGAUGUGCGAAAGAAAUGGUGAUUUUUGUUGCGAGCCACGAAACUGUGUUUUAAAAGCCAGCGCACAAUGCAGUUAUUUAGAUAAUCCUGAUUGUUGUAAAUCAUCCUGUUUGUACAGAAAACAAGGAUAUUUAUGUAGGGAAGCAGCCAAUGAGUGUGAUUUGCCAGAGUACUGUGAAGGAGACAAAGCAACUUGUCCAAAAGAUAGGUACCUUCGCAAUGGAUAUUCUUGCAAAUCAACAAAGCUGGUUUGGAUAUUUGUCAGGAUAUAUUUGUUUGAAAAGCAAAAGAGAACACAGAAAACAAGUCAUGGGAUCUGUUUUUGCCAAAAGUUGGCACAAACAGCAACACAAAUACUUAAUGCAAAUGAACACCAUCUAGAUCAUAAUCACCAAGUUGAUAAAAGUAUGAAUGAUUUUCAUUUGUAUAUUGAAGUAUAA